CAAGUCUAUCUCUAGGUAUCAAGAUCUAAUAAAAAAAUGUGAAGAUUAUAAAAUUAUUCGAAAUGCAAAAAGUUUGCUUUCUUAAAUUAUUAUUAACACUAACCUCCCCUUGCUUUUCUACACGAAACUUCCGACAUUUCCCGUGGUUGUUUUCUGUGUAGUUACAUACGUUUUAUGCCAAAGAAUCUGAGAAAAUGCCAGAAAUAGCUCUAGGUGAAAAGUUUGCAUCCUUUGACAGUUUAAAAGAUGCCAUUGACCGCUACCAGAAAGCUAACAAGGUGCAGCUUAUAGUCAAAGACUCCAAGCUUCUGGGAAGGAUUGCCAAAACAAUGCCCAAACUGAUGGAUGUUGUCAACAAAGACAUUGUCUAUUAUCGCCUGUCUUAUGCAUGUGAAUAUCAUGGAGAAUAUCGUUCAAAAGGAAAGGCAACAAAACCCAAUCACAUAUCUAAACGUAGAGGCUGUGCCAUGAGGGUUCUUCUCCGUCUGGCGGAGGACUUACACCAUCUGGUGGUCUAUGAGCUAUUUGAGCAACACAACCAUGAUAUAGAACCAAAGGAAGAAACAAAAGCACCAAAACAAUUGUUUCGCAUGGCACGGGUCAACUCAACCAGCUACACACUGGCUAAGUUAGAGGAGCGGGAAGGAGGGCAGCUGGUUAGCAUAGAAACAAGUUCAGGGGAGCAGAAUUUUGAUGAUGCUGAGGAGACCGACAUGUGUGGGGGUCAGGCCAAAAUGCCAGACACACCUGUGGCCCGGCUGAUAGGUAACGCCACUAAACGUGUCCUGACAGCCGGGGAGCUGAGGAACGGGGACUUUUAUCAAGAUCUCAAGCGCAGAAAACUUGUGCUGGUCAAUAAAAAACUGGAGCUGGAGGCCAGGAAACUAGAACUAGAGAACAAAAAACUGGAACUAGAGCUCAAGCUGCUGGAGAAAAGAAAUGAGGACGGGGAGCAGAAUCUCGGAGGAAACACGUAUUACGUGUCACAUGUCAUUGAUGAUAAAGACAAUAUUGCUGACUCUAGCACAGCCUUCCCUUCAACUGCUGCGGAAGUCAUUAAAUCUCUCACUGGUAGAGGCCAACCAUUUCAAAUUAUUACGCAAUAGCUUUUAUUUUAUCAUAUUUCUUGUUCGAUUAUCUCAUCAUUCAUAUGUAUAUUUCACAUACUGCUUAAUUCAUAUAUAUAUUUGACAUUUUGUUUCAUUCAUAUAUAUAUUUGACAUGCUGUUUUCAUGUAAUAAUAUGAACAUAAUAAACAUUGCUAUAUAUGUAUGCUAUUAUUUCUGUGCAAACAAUAUGUUGUAAAAUAUGUCAUGGUGUAAAACAGCCUUGUGAUAUGUUAGAUAAACGCAUCAAUUUUAUUAACACGUCUGAUGUCAUUAAAUAUAAAUUAGCUAAUUAAAAAGUUUAAAUUCUCAAUUACAAAAAA